AUGUUCACACCCGAGGCAGAAGUCUGGUACGGAAUCCCUGAGUUCAACCUUCUGGCCAGAAACAUUACCCUCCCCGGUGCAUCACCCCUGUUCCCCCACGUUCAUUGUACAGAGGACGGAGAUGUCUGCCAGGUCAUUACUGGUGAGAGUGAGAUCAAUGCUGCAGUCACGAUCGCCUCGCUCGUGCGUAGCCCUCACUUCGACCUGACCUCCACCUACUUCAUGGUCGCCGGUAUUGCUGGAAUCAACCCCGAAGUCGCAACCAUCUGCUCGGUCACCUUCGCCCGUUACGCUGUCCAGGUCGCUCUUCAGCACGAGUUCGACCCUCGCGACAUUCCCGGAAACUUCACUACCGGAUACAUUCCUCUUGGUGCUACCAGCCCUUCUGAGUACCCUCUCAACAUCUACGGCACCGAGGUCUUCGAGGUCAACCAGGACCUGCAAAAGAUUGCUGCAAACUUCGCUCGUAAGGCCACUCUCAACGACAGUGAUGCCGCAGUUGCAUACCGCACCUUGUACGCCAACGACGACAUUUACACCGCUGGUGCUUCUUCCACUGGUCCCAGUGUUGUCGAGUGCGAUGUCGCUACCUCGGACGUCUACUACUCUGGUCGUCUCCUUGGAGAGGCUUUCGAUAACUUCACCACUUUGAUCACCAACGGUACUGGCAACUACUGCUCUACCGCUCAGGAAGACAACGCAACCCUUGCUGCUCUCCUGCGCGCCGCCGUUGAGCAACUUGUCGACUUCAGCAGAAUCAUCGUCAUGAGAACUGCUUCUGACUUCGACCGUCCUUUCCUCGGUGGUUCCGCCACAUACAACCUGUUUGAGUCUUCGGUGCAGGGUGCUUUCGAGCCCGCCAUCAACAACCUUUACCUCGCUGGUGUCAAGGUCGUCGAGGGAAUUCUUGACGGCUGGAACAGCACUUUUGCCCAAGGUGUGAACGCCACCAACUACAUUGGCGACAUCUUCGGCACUCUCGGUGGCGAGCCAGACUUUGGCCUUGGAGCCGAAGUCUCUGGCGACAUCUUCUCGAAGAGAUCUACCAUUGCUAAGAGAAACACCAAGGGCAGAAGAAACGUGCCUGUUCACGUUCCUCGCGCUUAG